UUGACAUAUUCUUCAUUCUGAACCCUCCUCCCGGCUGUAUCGCAUUAUUCUUCUCCCCAUCUUCUUUUACUCCCAAAAUCACUGUAUUCGCCGCGAAGCAGCAGCCGGUGGCCGGUCGCCGGAGUCUCAUAAGCUAGAGAACCAUGGGGAUCAUAGAGAAGAUCAAAGAAAUUGAGGCCGAGAUGGCAAAAACCCAGAAAAAUAAAGCAACUGAAUAUCAUUUGGGUCAGCUGAAGGCUAAGAUAGCAAAGCUGAGGACACAAUUGUUGGAGCCCCCCAAAGGUUCUAGUGGCGCUGGAGAAGGUUUUGAAGUUACGAAGUUUGGCCAUGGACGUGUUGCACUAAUAGGAUUUCCAAGUGUUGGAAAGUCUACACUCCUUACAAUGUUGACAGGAACACAUUCCGAAGCUGCAUCAUAUGAGUUCACAACACUUACUUGCAUCCCUGGUAUUAUCCAUUACAAUGAUACUAAAAUUCAAUUGCUUGAUCUUCCGGGAAUCAUUGAAGGUGCAUCUGAAGGAAAGGGGCGUGGUAGACAGGUCAUUGCUGUUUCCAAGUCUGCAGACAUCGUAUUGAUGGUUCUUGACGCUUCAAAAAGUGAAGGCCAUCGGCAAAUAUUAACAAGGGAGCUGGAAGCUGUGGGCCUGCGACUAAAUAAGCGACCUCCUCAGAUAUACUUCAAGAAGAAAAAGACUGGUGGAAUUUCUUUUAACAGCACUGUGCAUUUGACACAUUUGGAUGAGAAGCUAUGCUAUCAAAUUCUGCACGAGUACAAGAUUCACAAUGCUGAGCUGUUAUUUCGUGAAGAUGUUACGGUGGAUGACCUAAUUGAUGUUAUUGAGGGAAAUCGUAAAUACAUGAAGUGCAUAUAUGUCUACAACAAGAUAGAUGUUGUUGGUAUUGAUGAUGUGGACAGAUUAUCUCGACAGCCGAACUCUGUUGUCAUCAGUUGCAACUUGAAGCUGAAUCUGGACAGACUACUUGCAAAAAUGUGGGAUGCGAUGGGUCUUGUCAGAGUUUAUACAAAGCCUCAAGGCCAGCAACCAGACUUCACAGAUCCCGUGGUCCUUUCUGCUGAUAGAGGUGGCUGUACAGUUGAAGAUUUCUGUAAUCACAUACAUCGGAGCCUUGUUAAGGAUGUGAAGUAUGUGUUGGUGUGGGGCAUUAGUGCAAGGCACUACCCCCAGCAUUGUGGCCUCGCCCAUCUGCUUCAGGAUGAAGAUGUAGUUCAGAUUGUUAAGAAAAAGGAUAAGGAAGGGGAAGGUAGAGGCCGGUUCAAAUCGCAUUCUACUGAUCCUGCUCGUAUAUCCGACCGUGUAAAGAAGGCUCCACUCAAGACUUGAUUGACCCAAAUAGUGGGGCUUUUAGUUCUAUGUGCUGAUCUUGAGGGUGUGUAUGGGCUGCACGUAGACUAUUGUUUGAAGAACAAGCUAUACAAUAAGAAUAGCUUGGGGUUUUCUCAACUUUAUGGCGUGAAGCCUAUUUAUCAGAAGAGGGUAGACGAUUUCAUUGUUGUAUUCUGUAUUUGAUCAUGUCACACUCUGCAGUCUGCAGUGUGUAUAAUAUCUGGGCACAUUCUUUCUUCCUCCAGAUAAUAUUCACUGCUGCUAAUAGUAUUAAUGUGCUAUAGAAAGUUUUGGUUUCAGUUCCUAAAAGUGUUUAGGUGAGAAUAAGUGGAUUUCUUAGCUUCAUGUUAUCUCCAUCAGUAACUUCAUGUUAAGUGUUUAGAUUUUUCUUUUC